UCAAAAGGAAAAUAUAACAACCGUGGGUCCAAUCGUAUGGGUGGUAAUGCUUGAUAAAAUUGUUUGCAGGCAGGACUCUUACUUUUUUCUUCUCUUUCAGUAGCAUCAUUCUCACCAGGCGAGUAUUUUGGAACAACCACAACAUAGAAAACAGGUCUUCAUCCAUUUAUAGUUUCUCCAUGGAUCUUCAGGAUUUCCUUAUUCGUGCUCGAGUCUUCAAGCUUUACAGACAAGCUUUGAGAGUUGCCGGUCGAGCACCCCCUCCUGCUAGAGGUGAACUGAGACAAAUGAUUAGACAAGAGAUGGAAAAUAAUCGAAACUGCAAUGACAAGCAAAGGAUCCGUUACUUGAUUAGUGAAGGCUUGGAAAAAUUGAAACGCCUCGAUGAAAUGCUUGAUAUGCAAGGUCAUUAGGUCACCUCUCAAUAUGUAUGUUUCCCUUUGUAAUAAUAACAUAAAAUGAAUUUUAUUCAUGUUCUUUUUGUUUUUUAGUUCAUGUUAACUAUUAAUGAUUUAUGAGUUGAAAAAAUGGACCAAGAAGUAUAUGAAAGCUUUA